GAAUAGUUGUUGUCAAGAGGAUCUCAAUUGCUCUGUGCCGGAGGCGUUUCGCAGUGAUGCGGCCCUGGGGAGGUGACUAAAUCUGAGCACCUCUAUUGAUGGAUCAGCAUAAAAUUGUACCUCAACUUGGACACAGAGACACCUCCUCCUUCAACAGGAGAAACAGUUUUACCUUUGGAUAUUUUUGAGGUUUCUUGGAGUCUUUGUGGAGCCCCUGGACCACACCCAAUAGGGAAGGCUGAAGCUCUCUUUGGUCCCAGCAGCUCUGGUUGAGUCCACGGACCCUGCUUGGCCUUAGGCUCCUGGGAAGAGCUGAGUUGUUAGCAAGAGAGCCCCAGGGCUGAGGCCCAGAGUAAACAUGCCAGCCAACCAGAGCUCUCCCCAGUGGACCCUGGCCCUGACUGCAGGAGGAAGAGCCGACUCCUGUGAGGUCUCAGUGUCAUUCGAGGAUGUGACUGUGGACUUCAGCAGGGAAGAGUGGCAGCAACUGGAUUCUACUCAGAGGCGCCUGUACCAGGAGGUGAUGCUGGAGAACUACAGCCACCUGCUCUCAGUGGGGUAUGAAGUUCCCAAACCAGAGGUUAUCUUCAAAUUGGAGCAAGGAGAGGAGCCAUGCAUAUUGGAGGGGGAAACCCCAUAUCAGAGCUGUUCAGAUGGGAAGUUUGGGAUUAAGACCUCAAAACAAACAAUUUCUGGGAAAGCUUCAUUUCAUAGUGAAAUGGAGGGUGAAGAUAUGAGAGACGAUUCAUUGUAUUCCAUUUUAGAACUGUGGCAAGAUGCUGAACAGAUAAAAAGAUAUCAGGAAAAACAGAACAAACCUGUGAGUCAUGCUACAUUCGUAAAUAAAAAAAUAUUGAAUACGGAGUGGCAUUAUGAAUAUAAAGACAGUGGAAAAUUUGUUCAUCCAAGCCCAAAUCAUAUUAUUGCUUCACAGAAAAGACCCCAUAAACGUGACUCAUUUGAAAAGAGUUUUAAGCAUAAUUUAGACUUACACAUUCAUACUAAAAACAAAGCGACAAAGAACUUUGAUAAAAUUAUUGGACACAGUCAAGUUUUCUCCCAGAGCUCUUCUUAUACUAAUCAUGAAAAUAUGCAUACAGGAGUGAAAUUUUGUGAAAGUAAUCAGUGUGGAAAAGUACUCAAUCUCAAACAAGCACUCAGUCACAAUCUGAAAUUUCCUGUUGGGGAAAAAGCAAAUAUGUGUACUGAAUUUGGGAAGAUAUUCACCCAGAAGUCACACUUCUUUGCAUCUCAGAGAAUUCAUACUAUGGAAAAACCUCAUGAACUUAGUAAAUGUGUAAAUGUUUUUACAGAGAAGCCACUACUCAGUAUAUAUCUCAGAGUUCAUAGAGAUGAAAAACUAUAUAUAUGUACUGAAUGUGGGAAGGCAUUCAUCCAGAAUUCAGAAUUAAUUAUGCAUGAGAAAACUCAUACUAGAGAAAAACCCUAUAAAUGCAGUGAAUGUGGAAAAUCAUUUUUCCAGGUAUCAUCUCUACUUAGGCACCAGACAACUCAUACAGGGGAAAAACUCUAUGAAUGCAGUGAAUGUGGGAAAGGCUUCUCUCUGAACUCAGCCCUCAGUGUACAUCAGAAAAUUCAUACUGGAGAGAGACACCACAAAUGCAGUGAAUGUGGGAAAGCCUUUACCCAAAAAUCAACACUCAGGAUGCAUCAGAGAAUUCAUACAGGAGAGAGAUCCUAUAUAUGUACUGAAUGUGGGCAGGCCUUCAUCCAGAAGGCACACUUGAUCGCACAUCAAAGAAUUCAUACUGGAGAGAAGCCUUAUGAAUGUAGUGACUGUGAGAAAUCUUUCCCUUCUAAGUCACAACUCCAGAUGCAUACGCGAAUUCACACAGGAGAGAAACCCUAUAUAUGCACCGAAUGUGGAAAGGCCUUUACCAACAGGUCAAAUCUCAAUACUCACCAGAAAUCUCAUACUGGAGAGAAGUCUUAUAUAUGUGCUGAAUGUGGGAAAGCCUUCACCGACAGGUCAAAUUUUAAUAAGCACCAGACAAUUCAUACUGGAGAGAAACCCUACGUUUGUGCUGAUUGUGGAAGGGCUUUUUUCCAGAAGUCAGAGUUAAUUACACAUCAGAGAAUUCAUACUACAGAGAAGCCUUAUAAAUGUCCUGACUGUGAGAAAUCCUUCUCCAAGAAACCACAUCUCAAAGUACAUCAACGAAUUCACACAGGAGAGAAACCAUAUAUAUGUGCAGAAUGUGGGAAAGCCUUCACUGACAGGUCAAAUUUCAAUAAACACCAGACAAUUCAUACUGGAGAUAAACCCUAUAAAUGCAGUGACUGUGGAAAGGGCUUUACUCAGAAAUCAGUUCUGAGUAUGCAUCGCAAUAUUCAUACAUGAAUGUAACCUUGUUUCUUGCAAAUGAGAAAGCCUUAUCACAGAAGUCAGGUCUAAGUGUAUAUCAAAAUCCAUCCAAGACAGAUCCUAUAUGAAUAUAUUACAUAAUAAAAAUUUGUCAAGCUCUCUCACCUGAGAUGAAAAAAUUAUUUA